CUUUUAAAAAUUGGUCCAGGUCCUUUAUUUAUUACCAUGGAAAAGGUAAUGGAUGCAUUUUCUGGAGCUCGUGAAGUACAUGUAUCUGUUCCCUUUUUAUUGUAUAAUUGCACUGGGUUGUCUCUUUGUCUCUCAAGCUCUAUCAAUGAAAUGAAAGGUUAUAGCUGUAUCAUUCCUUCAUGCUAUCGUAUAGACGAGGAGAACCUACCUUUUGAAAAGAAAGAUGGUCUUGGUUUUCUAUGUUCGAAUCUGGAUAUGCCUGCCACUGCAGGUUCAACCAGUGAAACAAAUUUGAAUUCUCCUGAUCUAUUGAAAACUGAUAGUAAAAAGGUUGGGGCUUGCAUGUUUUCUCCCGAUCCAAAUUCAUUUUCUGGUGACAUUAUGGUCAGGCUAAGUAGGUACCUGCCUUCUGUCUUGGAAAGCUAUUCCAAGCAAUCUUGGUCUUCCCCAUUUUCUCUUGUCCCACCAACUGGUUCAAUUAGCGUUCUUAUUCCUCAACCAUCCAUGAUUUCUGGGUAUAUAGUAUCAGUUUCAGCUGUGGCUGCACCAUUUUCUGGAGGGACAAAAAUCAUCACCUUCCAGCACAGAUACGUGAUAAGUAACGCAUGCACCAAAAAAUUGUGUUAUAAGCAGAAGGGAACCGCUUUUGCUGUUUCACUGGAAGCUGGACGGCAUUCCCAUAUUCAGUGGAUUGAUACAAGAAGGGAAUUAUUGAUUUCUGUUCGUUUUGAUGAACCUGGAUGGGAGUGGUCUGGAUGCUUCUUGCCGGAGCAGCUAGGUGAUACUCAAAUUAAAAUGAGAAAUUAUAUCUCAGGUGCAAUCAAUAUGAUACGUGUGGAAGUGCAGAGUGCUGAUGUUUCCAUCAGAGAAGAAAAGAUUGUUGGAAGCCCCCAUGGGAACUCUGGGACAAACUUGAUUCUUUUAUCUGAUGAUGAUACAGGCUUUAUGCCCUACAGAAUUGACAACAUGUCUAGGGAGAGGUUGCGAAUUUACCAGCCAAGAUGCGAAUCUUUUGAAACAUUGGUUCAAUCUUACACUUCUGCCCCUUAUGCUUGGGAUGAGCCGUGCUAUCCACAUCGUCUUACCGUUGAGGUACCUGGUGAACGUGUUUUAGGAUCAUAUGCUCUUGAUGACAUAGAAGUUCAGUCAUUUGUGUACUUACCUGCAACUUCAGAGAAGCCUGAAAGAAAUUUGCUCAUUUCUGUCCAUUCUGAAGGAGCUAUUAAGGUUCUUAGUAUUGUUGAUUCAAGUUACCAUGUUUUGAAUGAUUUGAAGAGUCUGCAUGUUCCUCGGCUGAAAGAUAAAAGAAAACCCAUUCAGAAGUAUGAAACUUCUGUUCAUUACAAGGAAAGAAUAUCAGUUGACAUACCCUUUCUUGGAAUCUCUUUGAUGAAUUCUCAUCCUGAGGAGUUGCUCUUUGCAUGUGCCAAGAACAUGAAAGUUAAUUUUGUACAGAGCUUGGAUCAACAACAGUUUAACUUACAAGUUUCAUCCUUGCAAAUUGAUAAUCAGUUGAAUAUUACUCCAUACCCUGUAAUCCUCUCUUUUGACCAUGGAAACAAGGGCAAUCUGGUCAACCAGGUGAAGUAUAAAGAGGAUAGUACCAAAAUGGCAAGUGGAAGUAUGCCCCAAAUUUCUUAUCGUGAACCAGUGUUCUCCUUAGCUGUGGCAAAGUGGAGGAACAAAGAUACAUUGGUUUCAUUUGAACAUAUAAGCCUCAGAAUUGCAGAUUUUUAUCUCGAGAUCGAGCAAGAAGUAGUAUUGAGAUUGUUUGACUUCUUUAAAACCUUAUCUUCAAGGUUGGAGAGCAGAAUUUUCCAACACAUGGGCUCCACACACCAUCAAUUGUUUCCUGAUUUUGAAUUUUCUAGGAAUGCCCCUGUAGAUGUUGGAAAACAUUUGUAUUCCACUAACAUUACAAUGCUUAAUAAAGAUAACAAAAGAAGCUGUUUGCUACCUAAAAUGGUCCCAACUGGAGCUCCAUGGCAGCAAAUUCACCUUCUUGCCCGAAAGCAGAAGAAAAUCUACGUUGAAUCAUUUGAUAUGGCACCAAUUAAGUUCACAUUGAGCUUUUCCAGCAGUCCGUGGAUGCUUAGAAAUGGGGUUCUUACAUCAGGGGAAUCUCUUAUCCAUAGAGGUCUUAUGGCUCUUGCUGAUGUUGAGGGAGCAAAAAUUCAUCUUAAUCAACUGAUCCUUUCACACCAGCUAGCUAGCUGGGAAUCCAUCCAAGAGAUUCUUAUUAGCCAUUACACUCGACAGUUUCUACAUGAGAUGUACAAGGUUUUUGGUUCUGCUGGCGUCAUAGGAAAUCCUAUGGGAUUUGCGAGGAGUCUAGGUCUUGGCAUCAAGGAUUUCUUAUCGCUUCCUAUCUGGAAUGUUUUUCAGAGUCCUUCUGGACUCGUUACUGGUGUAGCACAAGGUACCACGAGUCUUCUGAGCAACACGGUAUAUGCCAUAAGCGAUGCUACAAGUCAAUUCAGCAAAGCUGCACAUAAGGGUAUUGUUGCAUUUACAUUUGACGACCAGACUGUGACGAAGAUGGAAAAGCAACAAAAGGGAAUGUCUUCACAGAGUAAAGGCGUCAUAAAUGAAUUCUUAGAGGGACUUACUGGUGUUCUCCAAUCACCUAUUAAAGGGGCUGAAAAGCAUGGCCUUCCCGGAUUGUUGUCAGGCAUUGCUGUAGGUGUAACAGGACUCGUGGCAAGGCCAGCAGCCAGUAUUCUUGAAGUCACUGGAAAAACUGCACAAAGUAUCAGAAAUCGUAGUAGGCUUCACCAGAUGGGACAUCAUCACUUAAGGGUCCGUUUACCGAGGCCUCUAAGUAGAGAAUUUCCCCUAAGGCCUUACUCUUGGGAGGAAGCAGUCGCCUCAUCUGUAUUUACUGAGGUCAACAUGAAGCUUCAGGAUGAGACCUUAGUCAUGUGCAAGGCACUUAACCCUGGUGGUAAAUUCGUAAUUACCACCAAAAGAAUUGUCUUGGUUGUUAGUUGCUCAAGUUUGAAAGAUUUGGGUAAACCUGAGUUUGAAGGGGUUCCAGCAGAUCCAGAGUGGGUGAUAGAAUCAGAAAUUGGGUUGGAGAGUGUCAUUCAUGCCGACAUAGAUAAAGAGGUGGUACAUAUUGUUGGAAGCAGUUCAGAUACAACCACUGGACACAACCAACACUAUCAGAAAAGAGCAAAGGGAAAGCAGUGGAAUAUUUUGCAUACUCCUCUCCCUCUUUUACAGACUAAUUUGGUAUUUACAUGCCAAGAAGCAGCACAGGAGUUUCUUGAAGUACUUUUGUCUACAAUUGAGAAGGAAAAGGAACAAGGAUGGGGCUUUGUGUAUGUUUUGCAUCAGAGCAAUAUUAAGUAGCUUUUGCAUCUUGUCGUUGACAGAAAAAUAAAAAUAAAUCGGGAACUUGAGUGGUCAAUGAGUUUGUUAAGGGAUAAAAUUCCACAUCCAACAAAAAUGAAAACAUUGACUAACUUAUAAAAGAUUGGAUUACUUCUCAUAAUAAGGUGACCUUUUAAAAUGAAACCACGAGUUUUAAUGGAGUUGAGAAGGAUGAGAUUGUCGUUAUCCCCACUGAUUUCCAACUCGAGCAGGGCGUAAGGGCCAUUACAAUGGGUCUGUCAGACAAGGAAAAAUUGCUCUGCGAACUUGGUGCUUAUCCCGAAGAAGAAACAUUCUACAGAAACUGCCCCAGUAGUCUAUGCACUGUUCUGUGUAAACUGGUUUCUAAAGUAAUUGUCAACCGAUUUAAUUCACUGGUUUCUGAAACAACUGAUAACAUUACAAGAAGCUAUAGCUCAAGUGGAGACACUGAUUCAAAGUGGCAACAUUAUUCUUCUGAAGCUACGAGCUCUCCUAUUAGCUGUUGCUUCGCAGGCAUCGCGCUGUCCACUCUUUCAAUCUGUUUAACAUUAGUACAUUAAAAUUGAUGUGAAAUUGACUUCUCAAGGACGAUCUAUAAUUUAAGAAUGAAUAUCCCAUGUAAUGCAACACUCUCUCAUGAUCUGAACAAAGGUUUAGAUAAGUGGGUUUUCAGA